GGCUGUCACCCUGCCUAGGGCCUUUAUUUCUAAUUUAUUUCUAUGAGACAUUUAAAUGGAUUCAAAUGAUGAAUGAAGAAUUUUCAAAAGGAUUCCCUUUUUCAACGGUAUAUUUUUUAUUGGAAGAAAAGACUUACACACUCUGAGAUUCAUGUGUGGAGAGCCUUUUCCGAAUUCAAACGGCAUCAGCGUCAAUCGAAUAAACCAGACUUCCCCACCAUUCAAGGCUACCUGCAAUCUUGGUAUCACCAGAGAAGACCAACGUCUUUGGCAACGGACUUGCCUAGAACUAUUUCAAAGAGUACUCACAGAACAAGGGAUUUGCUAUAGCUUCAAUAUCUACCAUCCUAGAGAUAUUUUUAGAGAUGAUAUAUUAUUUUCAGACAUGAAAGCAUCAGACUUGGGAUACACAGAUACCGGGUUUGGGGCCUUGCCGAGCGGAAAUCAAUUUCCAUGUGGGCCAAUUAAAGAAUUAGAAGACCCACUCAUACUCCAUGAAGAUGUCAAGAAGCACCUAAAGUGUGGUAAUUACAUUCUAAAAUUAAGUUUGUACAACAGGAAUACAAACGCUGGCUACUGCACAUUCAAGAAUACUUCAGGAUUUAAGGUCAUCAUCCAUAACCCUCUAGACGUGCCGACAUUUGGAGUUAGGCGUCUCAUUUGGGCUAAGGAAGAACCUAGCUUGUAUCCUACAAUAGAUUUAAAGACAGAGUUAAAGGUUUUGGUGAAAGUAGAUGCUUCGAUAUCAUCCUUUUCCGAUGAUCUCCUUUGGUUUCCGCCGAAGAAAAGGAAAUGUUACCAUGGAAGCGAGAGAUAUUUAAGAUACUUUAAGAUUUACUCCGAUUUCAAUUGCCGGCUCGAGUGCUUAACAAACAAGACGCUGGAGCUAUGCAACUGCGUCGAUUUCUACAUGCCAAGAGUGAAUGGAACAAAACAAUGUAGAAGAGUGGAUCUCCCGUGCGUUUUUGAUACGAUUGAUCUAUUCAAGAAAAAAGACCAUUGUAAAUGUUACCCGGCUUGUUUUAACGUAAGGUACACAAGCCAAACCAGAGUCGUCUACGAUCCUGGUCAAACAGAGCAGCGAUGGGACGAUGCCAGUUUGACAGUUCAGGUUGAACGAAAUGUUACAGAGAUUCAGAGAAGCCCAACAUUCACUGACCUUCUUGUCAUAUCUAAAUGUGGAGGUGUCAUCGGAUUCUUCUGUGGAAUGAGUGCUAUGAGUUUGGUCGAAAUUUUCUACUACACCUCCAUCAGGGUCGUCGGAAAUUAUUUUAAAAAACCUUAAAUUAUUGGUUUGAGCUAUUUAAUAAU